UCCCAUCACUCUACUCUCAGGGGAUCCCGAUCACUCUCAGGGGAUCUUCAUCAGGGGAUCCCCAUCACUCUACUCUCAGGGGAUUCCGAUCACUCUACUCUCAGGGGAUCCCGAUCACUGUAUUCUCAGGAGAUCCCGAGGUGCACAAUGGACUCUACCAAGCACAGAUCAUUAAUUUCAUACACUAGAUUCCCCUACGUAUUGUCCCCGCCUUCCAUACCAUGUGAUUCAGGUGUUCCAAUCCCCUCCAUAUCAUGCGAUUCAGGUGUUCCAAUCCCCUUCCAAUCAAGUGAUUCAGGAGUUCCAAUCCCCUCCAAAUCAUGUGAUUCAGGUGUUCCAAUCCCCUCCAUAUCAUGUGAUUCAGGUGUUCCAAUCCCCUCCCAAUCAUGUGAUUCUGGUGUUCCAAUCCCCUUCCAUAUCAUGUGAUUCUGGUGUUCCAAUCCCCCUCCAUAUCAUGUGAUUCAGGUGUUCCAAUCCCCUCCCAAUCAUGUGAUUCAGGUGUUCCAAUCCCUCCAUAUCAUGUGAUUCAGGUGUUCCAAUCCCCUCCCAAUCAUGUGAUUCUGGUGUUCCAAUCC